AUGCCCAUGAUCUGGAAUGCCGAAGCCGAUGCCAAGCUGUUGCUUGGUAUCCUGAAGAUCUACGAUGUCAAGAUCACCAAAGGACCAAAGCUCGAGGAGCUCAACGCCUUCAUGGGACCCGACUGCGUCGGUCUCGCCAUCACGAACCGCAUCACCAGGCUCAAGAAGUCCGCCGAGGGUGACGGCAACGGUACCAACGGCGCUGCCACCACGACCCCGAAGACUCCCAAGUCCGGCAAGCGCAAGAACGGCGGCGAUGCUCAGGAUGGCGAGGAGUCUCCGACCAAGAAGCGCGGUCGCACCAAGAACACGGCCAAGGACGAGAUUAGCAAGUCGAGUGAUGAGGGUGGAGAGGUGGGUGAGGCGCUGGACAUGGCCGCCAGCCAGGAGGCUUCGUUCUUCGACGCCGAGGAGUAG